AUGAAUGCCAAGAGCACAGGAACACCUAAUGAGAACAAUAUGACGGUAGUCUCUGAGUUUCUUCUUAUAGGAUUUCAAAUCAGUCAAAGUUUAAAAAUAUCCCUGUUCUGUCUCCUCCUCGUGGCUUACUGUGGGACAAUGUGUGGGAAUCUCCUGAUCAUCACCCUGGUGUCCACCUGCAAGAAUCUCCACUCUCCAAUGUACUUCUUCAUCUUGCAGCUGUCCAUCAGCGACAUCUUGUUACCCACUGAUAUUGUCCCCAACUUGCUCCACAUCUUACUGAAUAAUGGCCAGACCAUUACUUUUAACAACUGCAUCUUUCAGCUUUAUGUCUUCUGUGCCUCAGAAACUUUAGAAUGUCUUCUUCUCACGGUGAUGUCUUAUGACAGAUAUGUGGCCAUCUGUAAUCCCCUCCGUUACACCUCUAUCAUGACAAGUGCCCAUUGUGUGAUAUUGUCCUUCUUCUCUUGGAUAUUUGGAUGCUUUUUUAUUUUGACUUACAUCAUAACUGUGGCAAAACUACAUUUUUGUGGACCAAAUAUCAUUGACCAUUUAUUCUGUGACAUUGUCCCAUUACUAAAACUUUCUUGUUCUGAUACCUUUAUUAUCCAACUACAGAUGUAUUUACUAAGUAUUCCAGUUGUAAUAAUACCAACCACAAUCAUUAUCAUUUCUUAUGCUUACAUUGGUUUAGAAAUUUUGAGAAUCCCAUCCAGUACUGGUAGACAGAAAGCCUUCUCCACCUGUAGCUCCCACCUCAUUGUGGUCUCCAUAUUUUAUGGGACUAUAUUCAGUGUUUAUGUUGUCCCAACAAAAGGGAAAACACUAACAAUAAGCAAAAUCCUCUCUCUGUUGUAUACUGUAUUUACUCCUUUGAUCAACCCCAUUAUAUACAGCCUGAGAAAUAAAGACAUUAGAAAAGCCAUACAAGAAAUAAUUAAUAAACAUGAGAUAUGGUUAAUGAUCCAAAAUAAGACUACUUUCACAUAUGAGUUUUUACUGUUCGUAGAGGCAGAGGCCUUCGGCCAGUCGUCGUUCUUUUUCUGCUACGGACAGAGUCUUGCGCACUGCGUCAACCAGCAUCGGCUCGAUGGGAGGUUGGGACACCUGCUGGGUAGUAGACUAAGUGGGUCUGUCGCCUUGGAACCAGAGCCUUUCUUUCCUUCUCUCGGUGAGCCUCUGAUCAAUACGGACACACACCUGAAUGAAGUCGUCCAAAUCAUCUGGGGCUUCAAGUCUGGCAAGUUCAUCUUUGAUCGCCUCCGAUAG